AUGGCGUAUGACAAAUCGAAGAGUGCUGAAAAUGAAAUAGUAGAUAAACAUGGCGAUUUGGAAGUUAAUGCACCGAAUCCAAUCAAUGUCGAUCCCCAAUUUAUGGGUGAUUAUCCGUUACCCAAAGCAACCACUUCAAAAGUUCCUCAGAUGGCUCCACCGACUAAAGCAACAACUGAUUCAGCUACCGUCAAUCGUCCACCGAAAUCUCCCGGCCCUGCAUUAGGUCCGUAUUUUCAUUUUCUUACAACAGACUUAACUAAGAUGUUAUGGAUGGGCAGUGCAUUGAUUUUCCAUCAUAUUUCAUAUCCUCGGCCGAAAAUGGAAUUUACUUCAGAUGUAAAAGUUGAUUACAAUUGGGAAAUCUUAUAUGAAAAUAUAUUCGACUUUAUUGCCUAUCGUAUCAAUAUUUCCAUUGAAUUACGCCCAGGAGAGGGUGACGACAAGGUCACUUGGGAAGUCGACUGGGGUGAACGAACGACGAAUGGUUCGUUUCUUAUUGCACGUUGUGAUCAAAACUGGCGUGGAGGUUUUUUCUCAUGUAAUGGCUUCGACUCGUCUGUUCCCGAACGGGUUGCAUCCGAUUUGACUUAUUCCAACGUUUGGAAUCAUCUUCUUUCUGUUCACGAAGAAACUCCAUUGCAUUUGUUAAUAUGGGGUGGCGAUCAGAAUUAUAUUGACUUUAUUUUCGAAGAUAUUCCCUUUCUUCGUGCUUGGGUCAACAUGGAUUGGAAUGAAAAGUGGAUAACUGAUUUUCGAGAUGACCUUCGAGAACAAGUCGAGCAGUACCAUUUCUAUACUUACGCAGAAAAUUGGGAACGUCGGCAAGAAGUGAAACGAGCGCUUUCAUCGAUUCCCAGCGUGAUGAUGUGGGAUGAUCAUGAUAUUUUUGAUGGUGCGGGAUCUUAUCCUCCUCUACUGCACGAUAGUCCUAUGAUGAUGGGACUGUUUUUAGCUGCGCAGAAAAUGCGACUCUUAUUUCAACAUCAUACGACAUUUGACAGAGCACGUGAUCAUCAGCUAUUCGGGUAUCAAGGAUAUAAUUUCUUUGCUCGUUGCGGCCGACAUAUAGCCAUUCUCGGCGCUGAUGGUCGGACCGAACGUGAUGUCAAAACAGUUCAUCAUCCGAAAACGUGGGAUAUGAUCUUUGAUAGGCUCGAAAAUGACUUGGAUGGUGUUGAACACUUAGUAGUAGUGUUUCCUGUUCCAUUUUCGUUCAUUCGUUUUCAUGUCGCUGAAUCAGUUACUGAACGCGUAAAAAAUUUUCCUAACAAAUGGCGCAAUGCUCGACUGAUCAAAAAGAGUAAUUCAAUUUUUAAUCUUCCAGAAUUUUAUGAUGAUCUUCUCGAUGAAUGGAUUCACCAUGAACAUAUUGAAGAGCGAAAUCAAGUGCUCACUCGUUUCCAACAAUUAGCCGAAAAGAAAAAAGUUCGAAUUACUUAUCUCAGUGGUGACGUUCAUUGCUGUGGUGUCGGACGUUUCCAAUCGACGGAACCCGAUCGACCAGCACCUGUGAAUGACGCCAAACUGAUGUAUCAAAUUAUCUCUUCCGCAAUUGUCAAUAUGCCUCCAUCUCGGAUGGCUAUUCGUGCCUAUCAUUUGUUCAAUACUUAUUGGAAUCCGGUCGAUCGUACGGAGGAGGAAAUAAUCAACUUUUUCGAAAGGAGACCGGAAAAUGCCAGAAAAGUAAUUCACAGAAAACUCCGUCCAAAUCGAAAUUGGUGUUAUUUCGAACGAAUCUCCAAUCUCAAUUCAUCAGCUGUCACCGUUGUUCGAAAACACGGUCUUCAUAUCCAUUCAUUUAGAAAGCACCAUGUUCUGCCAAUUAACUUAGGUGCUACUUCGAAUAAAGAAGGUGAAGGUAGCCAAAAGCCUCCCAUUCAUGAUCAUUCUCAUCGUGGACGAUGUCAUGAACGAAUUAACGAAGAUGAACAGCAAAUUGGAGGCGAUGUUUUACAUUUUCAAUUAUGGCUAGAAAGCGCUCGAAAACGUCGACAAGGCAGACGAUUCAAUAGUUACAAUUUACUUAUUCCGAAUCUCAAGUAA